UUCGAUCAUCCUAAAUUUGCGCUAGUUUUUCAUUCUCUCUCUCCGACGUAGGAGUGAGGCGUUAAGAACCGUCUUUUAAAUUCGAUGAAGGAGACGUAUCGGGAACUAAAUGAACACCAAAAAAUAAGUCAGCUGAACGCAUUAGGAAACAAUGAAGAGGACUCGUUUCACACGAGGAGGCUGAAAGAAAAAAAACCUUUUCCUGUUAAGUAGCCAAUAUCUUAAGUACUAAGAAGGUUCUUAGCAGGUAUUGGCACGAGCCUUUGGUGGAGGUCGAACAAAUGGGUGUUAGAGAAUCUAUUCAGGGCGCAUGUUGUUUCAAGACUUCCCAUUCGACCCCUACGCAGCUCGCCGCGUGCUAAACCCUCACCGGGCCGGCGUAAAGCCAAGAUCUGGUGGUAAUUACAACUCUUGGAACAUACCUGUUCCUGUUGAAAAGCCUCAACCAGUGCUCUCAUGUAUAAGGAAAAUACUGUAGUUCAUACAGGACUUCGGUAAUUUUUCCCUUUGUUCAAAAGAUCGCAUUUAUAAUGCCAUCGUUUCAAUGACAAUGCGGAAACGCUUCGCAAACUACUACUCAGUGGAGUUCACAGUUAAUAUACUCAGUUUUCGCUCAAGGACGGAUAAGUCCUUUAAGUAAAUGGUUUAAGAAUUGUCUUUCAGGUGUUCUCUAGUGCUAUUUACUUUAGGAAAGACGCGAACUCGUUCUGUUAAAAAAAAAAUUAUAAAACUGCUCGGAUAUCAAUGUCUGUCCAGCUUUAUUUAUAGCGCACCCAUUGUAAGACGAAAGAAAACUUUUUAUUCCUUAAUUCUUUUGUGAAAGUUCUGACGGUUUGCGCCAACCCAACGUAAACAUUUGGCUUUUUAGGAAAGAUAUUAAAAUGCAACUGGGACUCAUUAACGAAGCGUUUACAACCCCACAAUCAAACGAACAUUCACGUAAUUAAAAUGUUGACAGUGUCCAAAUGCUCCUCGUACAAUAUGUAGAAAGCCAUUUGCUGAACAAGCUUAGCAGCCGGUAGUCUUGAGAGAGCAGCGCACUGCAAAUAAGCAACCACUUAUAAAAAGUGGUAUUUCUCAAGAAUUCAGUCUAUAAUAAAAAAUAUGUAAUAAAAACAAUAGUAUAUAACACCUUCCAAACACUCAAACGUGUGCGUGAUAUCGUAAAUAGGUUUAGACGAAAAUAAGAAGGAAAAAACAUGGAAAGCCGGGGCGAUUAGCAAAGGUGCAAAUUUUUAUAGAUUUUAUCACUAAUCCAACAGUUCUCUCUUCCGAUCGACCAUUAGCUGGUGUUCAACCUUUCAACUUCGAUUACAACGAUAUUUCAAAAUGUGAAGAGGCGUGGAUAAGGCUACAUGAGCUGAGUCCUUGAGACAUUUAUAUGGGUCGCAAGUUGAGGAAGUGUCUUGAAAUUAGUUUUGGACGUCAGAACUCCAAUAAAGUGACCCAUUCAAGAGAAAGCAAUGAUUGUUUGAGUUCUAAGCGGGGGGAAGCAAGCAGUCGGGUCAGCCCGCCCAGCGUGACAUGUCAGAUGAAGCCUUUUAGGGCAAAUCUGUCAUUCGAAAGGGGUUUACGUGUGACAGGGCAUUCAAUUGCUAUCUUUCUAAUUAAUUGUGAUGUCAACUUCGUCACCACCUUAACCUAUCAAUAGAAGUCGACUUACGCGAAUUUGGGCAACAUUUGUUUAAUGUCAAACAUCUUGUUCAACACUUGAGAGCCUGGGCACGCCCCAAAGUAUAAGAAGUUUGGCUGCGAACCGCUUCGGAUCGAGUAUGACUGAAUUGCGACUGUGUUUGGCUUUGUAAUGGCACUCAUCUGAAAUCCAUGUCCGCAAUCGAUCGAUCUUACGACAUGACUUCGUUCUCCGUCAGAGACAUUCUUAAUUUACCCGACACCGGACUAUGCCCGUCUAAAAGCGAAACAACCCAUGAAUCGUCCUCAACCGAGAGUUAUCAUUGCCCUGGCGGAAACACUCAUACUCCGUCAUGUGGCUCUGUAGUGUGUAAUCAAGGCCAAGAGUACUCAUAUACAAAUCCACAUCCGAGCCCGACAGAAAGGCCUUCGACAUCCUCAGCGGGCUCCCAAGAAAUAUCUGAGCGAGAGGAAACGCCAGAUGACUUGAACGAUCCGCCAAAAAAGCGGAAACGAAGAGUUCUGUUCACCAAGGCGCAAACUUAUGAACUCGAAAGAAGGUUUCGUCAACAAAGGUACCUCUCCGCGCCGGAGCGCGAACAGCUCGCGAGAAUAAUCAAUUUAAGCCCGACGCAGGUGAAAAUUUGGUUUCAGAAUCAUCGAUAUAAAUACAAGAAACAGAGUUUUGAAAAAGGAGUUAUGAAUGAAGGACCUCCAUUGUUCACCCCAAGAACUGUUCCUGUGCCUGUCUUAGUGCGAGAUGGCCAGCCUUGUCAUGGCGCUUCGGUCAAUAAUUUUGGAUAUUUACGGCACGAUCCUUCAGACUUCUAUCAUUUUCCUGCAGUAAGUUCAUCAUACAUUCCUCCUAGCAAUCCUUAUUGGAGCUGGUAGCAUAAGCAUGCUUUGUACAACGUGUGUUGCGAGAGGAAUCCACAGAACAAUGCAGAUCUCCUUGAAAUAAUCUGUCACGGAGAAAAGAACAAAGUCAAUUGUAAGCUUAUAAGCCAACAUUGAUUUCAAAAACCUACGAGGGCAAAGGAUCUCAUUAUUUAAAGAAUCUAACAAUUUGUCCAGGUUUGAUGUUUUUAUUAGAUGUUCUUAAAUUUCUUUGGAGUUCUCUUUCGACAAACGCGCAGCAAAGGCUAUUUUCGUGUGAUAUAACAGCUGUUGUCUUUUACGUCUCAGAAAUGAUUGAAAAGAUUUUUGUUUUUAUCCUUUAAAAAUUGUAAGAAACCAGAUUUUUUUAGCAAAUGAUUUUGUAGAUGUUUCUUUUAAACGAAAAUUUUUGAUUUCGUAGUUAUUUUUGUACUAUAAGUUGCUAGGUUGCUUGAAAAUUGUUCCUAAUGCUUUUAGUAAAUGCAUGUCUGAAAUUAUGAAGAUGAAGAUAAGAGCUCAUCAUUUUUCAGGAGAUAAUCCUUGGCAAGGUAAACUUAAAUUCUAAUUACAAAUCCUCUCGUUUUCACUAAAAUGUUAGUUAUUUGAGUUUGGCGUAAACGUCGGUAGCAAUUAGUUAGUUUUCUUCGCCAAAGCAGCUUUUCGUUUUACCGCACGAAUUGUCACAAAACAUUACAACCGCAAUGCUGGGCGCUCACGAAUGAGUGAAUCAAAAUUGACAACGCAAUAUUUGGCAAACAACACGUCUCGUUCUACUUAAAGGAUUUUAUGAGAUGUCCUCUAACACUUUGACACACAAUUUUCGCACUUAACCCGGAGCCUGCUUUUGUAAAACCAAACAACCGAAGAAAUUCUCUCAUUAAGACAUGAAAGUACCAGUUUUUGUUUUCAUUUUAAAGUGAAGAUGGGGAAAAGGUUGUUACGGGCUUUGGUCACAAUGUUUAAUGGACCGUGGAAUCAGCUCGUAAUUGAUUGUUGUUCGUGUUUACCCGAUGAAAAAAGAGGAGUGGUCAGUGUAAUUUCUUAGAAUGGAUCUUUACCAAAUUGAAUCAACGCUAGUUUGCCUUCGGAUUAGCUCAAAAGAAAACAGUGACAAUCGACAGACAUCGCGAGCAAAUCGUUUCGAUAUCACAGAGUUUGAGUCAAUUAGAAUAAGUUAUGCAAUUUGAAACUUAUAAUACUUCCUCUAUUUUGAAUUACAACCUACACUGUACUCAAAGUUAAAGGUAAAAUUGGUACUACGCUUCAUGUUAUUGAGAGCUUCAAGUCGCAAAUGGAAAAAAAAACGAGAGAAUCGAAAGAAAACACUAUGAAUAAUACAUUACCCACUGUUUCACUUAUACCUCUUUGUUGAAAAGUGUUAAUAAAUUAGAGAAACAAAAACAUUAUGUUGGAAUGAUUUCGAGUGUUGGAAGCGGGCGUGCUAACGAAGAGCGAAAUUUCGAGCACUUGUUUUCUUCUCGAGAGCAAUAUGUCAAACUCAUCCGACUUUUAACAGACGUUUUCACGCUUUCGUAGUCAAGUGUAGCUUUGGCGAGGAUGGGAAAAGAUAGGUGCAGAUGUGUAAAACAUAGUUCUUGGUUCGAAUUCUUUUCUGUGUGAUGCAAACUUGCCUGCUUCUUCAGUUUUCCUACGUAUUUAUAAUUUCAAGUCACUUCACAGAAGGCAAGACUUUCACGAACUCGAUUACCUCCGCGCAGCGCGUGUAUAAAUGAACAAAGUUUUAUUUAUUUUAUUUAACCUAUCUCAGUUACAGCUGACUACUUUAAGUAAUGGAACACAAUUAAACAUUGGAAAUAAAACGAAAUAUGAAAGCUCUAUGUAAAA